CACCUGGAACAGGCGGUGGGAAGAACCGAGUUGCGAGAGGAGCAGUAUCAUUGGGACUCGUAACUACAUGAUCGAGCGCGUUGAACUAAUUAAGAAAGGCCAGGCUACGUGGACUGCUCAAGGCCAUAACACCAGAGGAAGGUCAUGAUAAACGAUACGCCAGAAACCCCGGCAUUCCAAGAUAAGCCCUUGGCCUGCAUGAAGAUAGGCUAUAGACGAUUUUCCGCCUUCAGGGACCUCUGCUGACCUACCUAACUACCACGAAGAAUGCAUGGAAUAGUAUAUCACGUGAGGGCACUCUCAAUCCCAGCAAGCAGCGAUGCAUGCUGUGACAUCUUCGAAGGGCCCGGUGGCUAGAAAUUCAUGUGCAAUGACGGCUGAAUCACGUGCAGGUGGGACGCCGGGGCUAGACUGUUCUGCGUUGCAACGGAACGCAAGUCUUCCCACGCUCCUCGCAUAUGCAGCCUAUAUGUAUGUACAUCCUCAGCAUGCGUUGACGGCCCGUGUGAACGCAUCCAUGCAGCAUGCUAAUACCAUGUAUGUCGCUGGCCGCGCAUCUUUGCACCGUGCAGGCGACCUACAGCGUUCCCACCGCGAUGGCUCCAGGACAAGGGUCUUGACUCGGUUUGGUACUGACCAGUACAGCAUGGAUGACAGCCGCGUAGCCGUGCUGCCUUUACGUGGUAACUCGAUCGCGGAGAAGAAUGUGGGGCCUCUUUCAAGGACCCCCCCCCCCAGCCGCACCAUCUUCAGCGGAAUCUUAGAGGCGUUCCCCGUCAGCCAUCAAACACGCCUCAAUAUCGCUCUUCAGCAAUCGAGCAGUCGCACAGCCGUAGGCUGCAUGUCUACCAAAGCCGAAAUUUGAAGGAUGGUCCCGCUGACUAUGCUCUGAUACGAGGACUUUCUUUUUCAAUUCGCGCGCGUCUGCUAGACCCGC